AUAGAGCUGACCCGAUUCUGGACAACUAUGAUCUGGACGUUGAAGACCAUAUAUUCGGCAUCAUAAAAGGGGAUAUUCCAUAUGAGCCGACCGGACAAGAAGAAGAUGAUAUCUCUUCUUAUCUGAACCUUGACGGUGAAGAUGAAGGGCGCCGUCAGCAAGAUGAUGCCGAAGAAACGUCGGUAAACGACGAUCUUGCAUUGGAAGUAGCAACCACCUCCGGCGCCGAGCCCUCGGCCGGAUCGUCGAAAAAAUCGAGUACGUCGUCGUCAAAGCGUGGCGCAACCAAGACGAUGAAACCAAAUGAAACAUGCACCAUCGAGGUUGUCGACGAAGCAACCGGCAGGCCGCUGGAGCCCAGCAAGAACGCCACCAAGUUUAUCAGCCAAUGCGGAGCCGUUGUUAGAGAGAACGUCUCGAUCACCGUCCAGGAGUGGAAUGAGCCAAAGAAGGCACGUCUUGGUUUCACUUUUGUCGAUAAGAGGACAAAAAAAGAUUGCUUCAAGAAGCUUAUAGAACAUUUUGUUCUACCUCCGGAAUACCGCAGAUACGAUGAGGCGGGUAACAAGAUUCAGGAAAACAAGGAGAGGUGCAGGCUAGUCAAACAGUUCGCUCUUUCUAAGAUGGCCGACGCAUUCCGGAAAUACAAGCAAAAUCUAGCCCAUGACUUUGUCAAGCAGGGCAAGACUCCGGAUUUCAAAGGACAAUAUGAGAAACUGCAACAUGAUUGGCCAGAAUUUGUGAAGCAAAAGAAAUCGGAGCAGUUCCUUGAAUUGUCGAAAAAAAAUAAGAAGAAUGCGGCCAAGAAGGAGUACAAUCAUAUUAUGGGGCCAGGAGGGUAUCGCUUUUGGCAGCCUAGGUGGGAGAAGAUGGAGAACGAGCUGAGGGCGCGAGGAAUCCGUCCAGGUACGGAGGGAUGGGACCCAAGGGCCAAAAGCUGGUGGUACGGGCAUGGGGGAUCGCUGAACCCGGAGACAGGGGAGUGUGUUUAUCAGGGCAAAAUAAUUAAACCCACCCAAAAGCUUAUUGAGGCAAUGAGGGAUGCUCAAGAGGGGAGGAUCAAGUUCAACAGAGAGAACGACGCCCUGACAAAAGCCCUCGGGAAUCCUGAACACGGAGGACGUGUACGAGGCAUGCCCGGGGACAUUCCGUGGAAAGUAGGGUUCCCCCAGAACGAUGACCCGUACGGUUACAGAAGCCGUAAGAGAAAGAUGGAUCGGGAUGCAGAUGUUGUGGCGAAGCUGGUAACGGAAAUGGAUGUGAUGAAGAAAACCGUGAGUGUACUAGUAGCCGAAAGAGAUGCAUCUCGGGCGCAUCAUGAAGAUCAUCCAAUGGAUCUCGGAAGCCAGCAGAGAAGAAGCAGCGUGGCUUCCACGGAGGCCUCACCGGCUGGUGCACCGGAGCAUCUGGUGGUCGAAGUUACUGCACCGGAGCCUCCUCGCUACCCCGUGGACGAUAUAAAGGAGAUGAAAGCAUGUCAUCUGUAUUAUCCUAUCGGGAACAUGUCCAUGAAGGUAGCCACCGGCAGUGCUUUACCACCUGGAGCACUCCACCACAACAACCCCAUUCCAGAUGGCUAUGCUCGUGUCACGGUGGAGGAGAUAGUCCAAGGGUUUGAGGACCUGGACAUUGACAUUGCUACACCUGAAGGGGCGACAAGACUUGGAGAUGUCAAGCGCCAGUUCAUUCUGUGGCAGAAGAAGUUUAUCAAGUUUCCAGGCGAGGCGCCAAGGCAAACAAGUCCACCCCCCUCCGGUGGUGGUGGCGGCGGCGGUGGUGGUGGUGGUGGAUCACCUACACCUCCGGCGGGUAAGCCGACGCCGCCCCCCAAUUCACCUCCGGCGGGUAAGCAGACGCCGCCCCCCAGUCCUCGUCCGGCGGGUGAUCAGACGCCGCCCCCCAAUCCACCUCCGGCGAAGAAGCAGAAGCAGUCCUGGGUUAUUAACCCGGACCCUUACGUACCUGCAACCACAAACAUACCGGAGCCAUCACUUAAGCCUCUCCCCAAGAGGUCUUGGGAAUGUAGUGCCGAGGAAGUCGAGGCGGGCGCGGCUGCUGAUUUAGAGAAAUGGAAGGCGAGCUGCAAGAAGAAAAUAGAGGGCGAGCCCAAGCCAGUAUUUUCUGAUGAGCAAAAGAAGUGGGCUAAGACAUUUUUGAACACACCGUCCCAAGCCGCGAAGAAUCUCCCUGCCGACUAUGAACGUGAACUUCGUGCGCAAGCACUCACGUUCCGGAGGAAGCAGGAGGACGCGAAGAAGCAGGAGAAGAAAGCCUUGGAGGAGGCCCAGAAAAAAUUAGAAAGGGGGAAACAACAAGUUGCCCAGCUCGGGGAACAAAGUAAACAGUCGAUCCCCCCGCUCAUAGUGAAAGCCGCAGGUCCGGAGGACGAAGCCCCUGAUGUCAUAGCAGCUGCGGCAGCACAGGGAUUGACUGUAGCGAAAGCCAAAGAACAAGCGGCAGACUUAGGUCUGACUCUUCGUGUAGCAUUAGGCCUUGAUGACGUGGCAAUGAAGGACGUAGUAUUUGGAUAUGUGAAGGAUGGUCCUCUCGUCGAGCCUGCGCAGGAAGAGGAUCUACCUCGACAAAUGAAAGGUCUGCUAAAUUGGUACAAGGGUUACAUAAAACUUAAAAACGCCAGAGAAUAUAUUUAUGCGGAAGUUAGACCUGAGCAUCACUUCAAACAUUACUAUAUAACAAUUCAUCGGAGUGAAUUGUUCCAGCUGUUCAAUCUGCGCGAGCUCGACAAAUCUAUCAUCAGCUGCUAUGUUCUAAUGAAGAAGCGGGAAAUGCGAAUAAGGCACACCCAUGAUGUUGGGUUCAUUGACCCACAAAUCGUUAAUUCAUAUGUGUUACAACACCACCCCAGAGACGUGGAGGGUGACCUGUGGAUGUUUCUUACAAAACAGGAACUCAAAAGUGAUAUUCUAUUUCCUUACCAUUUUGGGUUCCACUGGAUUCUGCUAGUAAUUCAAAUUCAGAACUCCACAGUUAUCGUCCACGACUCUCUGAAUAUGGAUACGAAGCUUUGGGCCGACAUGAGAAAAAUGAUGCAAAAGGUUUGGAGACGGUUCGUAGAUCAAAAGGUCGGUGAAUUCAAAAAAGAGCUACAUUUUAAAAUGGCAAAGGCUGCGACGACCGGGGACAUUCAGCCACCGGGGACCAAUCUAUGUGGAUACUAUGUUUGUGAGAGGAUCCGGAGAUACACCACUGAGCGGCAGCCGUCUGAGAACAACACCAUGAGGAAUAACCUCCGGGCGACGCUUACUCCAGAAGCUCGCUUCCGACCACUUCAAGAGGAACUAGCUGGAUGGUUGGCGAACCAAGUCAUCGAUCCUAGAGGAGAACACUAUGUAGAGGACGUAGAACUUUAUAUGCACUAAAUAUGUAUGGAAACUUGUUCAAAAUUGUAUAUGGUCAUCCGAUAUUGAAUAUAUAUUGUAUAUUCCUCUUGAAUUCUUUUUGGUUCUAAUUUCAAAUUUGUUUGAAAUUGUACAUUCACAUGCAUGUAUACCGUAGAAUAUGUGAAACUCCUUCAAAAUUAAAAUAAAACACAAAAGAAAUAAAACAAUACAACUUAAAAAGUAACCAGGGGUUAGGGGAACCAGGUUAGGGGGGGGGCUAAAACCCUAAACCUGCGGCGGCCUUUAGUCGCGGUUGGUGAGCAGAACCGCGACUAAAGGUCCUCCGCCCUGGCGCUCGCCUGCC